CUGUCAGUCAAGGACGUUUUUGUUUUGGCGGUUGAAGUUGUGGACAAUUAGGUUAGAAUGCCUUAAAAAAUGUAUUUGGAAAAUUUGAAAACGGAAUUUUACGAAUUUCUCACAGGAAAGCGAAUCUGCCUCAUCGUUAACUUCGACAUCGACAGCAUCUGUACCUGCAAAAUCCUCCAGUCUCUGCUGAAGUACAAGCAAAUCACUUACACCCUCGCCGUCGUCCAAGGUAUCAGCGAUCUUAAAGGUGUCUACCAGGAAAACGCCGAUCAAGUGAAGUGCUUCGUCCUGAUCAACUGCGGCGGCACGAUCGAUCUAAUCGACGUUUUGGAGCCCGAAGACGACGUUAUAUUUUUCGUGCUCGACUCGCACAGGCCGACAGAUCUUUGCAAUAUAUACAGUAACGGGCAAAUUCGGUUGCUGUGGAGUCCCGAUGACGAUAGCGAUGUACCCGAGUUUCCAGACAUCUUCCGCGAGGACGAGUCGGACGAGGAGGACGACGAGGAGAAUUUGGACGAGAGCGGCGACGAGGCGGAGGGCCGAGCCGCCAAACGAAGACGGCUGGGCGAGGAAGCCAUAAUGAAACGUCGUGAACGUAGGUUGUGGGAGGCGAAUCGAGAGAAGAUUCUCUUCGAGUAUUCACAGUUCACUUACUACGCGAAAGCCAGCGCCCUCUACAUGUUCGAUUUGGCGUGGAAGCUGAACAAGGACGACAAGGACUUGCUGUGGUACACGAUCGUCGCGCUAACCGAGCAGAUGAUCUUCGAGAAGAUCGAGCACACGCAGUACGUAUUGGAGACGGGCAAUCUGCAGGCGCACGCCACCCGCCUGCUGAACAGGACAAGCGACACCGACAAUUUGACCUCUCUGAAGAUCGCGUUCGAGAAGGACCUGAAGCUGGUCUUGUACCGGCAUUGGUCCAUCGAGGCUAGUCUCAAGUAUUCGAUGUUCACCGCCGUCAAGUUAAAGCUGUGGUCCAUUCGGGGCGAUAAACGGUUGCACGAGUUGCUUGCGGAUAUGGGGUUUCCUCUGGUCCAAAGUCGCCAGAACUACCUAUCGAUGGACUUGCAAUUACGCCAGGAAUUCCCCAGCGCGAUCGAGAAGUUCAGCGAGAAAUACGGCUUGGGGGACAUCGAAUACGCGACGUUCACGAUGUCGUACGGUUACAGAAACAAGUACUGCGCCGCCGACGUUGUCUACGGUAUGAUGACGCUCCUAGAGGCCGUGCACCAGAACAAGAAGAUGGAGGAACUGUUUCAGUCCGCGCUCGACUGCCUCUCCAGGUCGCAUCGGCACAUUCUGAGCGGCGCGAUCGAGAAAGCGAAAGGGAUCACGAUGAGCCUGUUCAAGACGAUCCAAGCCGCCUUGGACAUGAAGAAGAUCAUCUCGGCCGGCCCGUUUAUUUACUACAUCGUUCAGGAGGGCGGCCUCGACUGGUACCUGUUCGCCCACCAGCACAUCCUCUCGCUACUGGCGCAAUUCAUAAUUCGCGCGUACGUCGUCAUGUCGAGGAAUCGCAAGGCGUCCUCCUUACCCCUCAUCGUCUCGGCGCCGAAAAGCGUCGAAAACGGCACGUGCAUCGUCCUCGGCAUUCCUCCCCUAUGCGAGAACUCACCGAAAAACUUCUUCGGUAAGGCCUUCGAACAAGCAGCUCAGCGAACAAACUGCGAUACCAACUGUGAUUAUUUCGAUACGGCAUAUUUCGAAAUACCGACCAAGGAUAGGACGCACUUUUUGGAUGCCCUGACGGCCUUGUUAAGUUAAUUAAAAAAAAACUAUUCCUGUACAGAGUACAAGAUAAUUAAAUUUGUAAUUAGGCUUUAAGUGAGUUGUUAAUUACUGGCGAAGUACGAUUUGUAAAUAAGACGAAAAAUAGUUUAUAAUAAAACACGUUCCGAGUUAAA